AUGGCUUCCAGCCAAAGCCACUGCUAUGAGACAUCAUCCUCCAAGGUCUACGUCUUUCGCUGUGGCACCUGGGAGGAUCGGCCCAUCGAAGAUCUUUUGCCAGGGGAUUUGAUCUCCCUCCACACCAAGUUGGUGAAUCUAAGGGCGGAUGAGCAUCAGCCUGAGACAGAGGGAGAGAAGCCACCUGAGAAGAAGGAUCGGCAGAUGAUUUUCGACACCUUGGUGCCCUGCGAUUGUCUCAUCAUCAACGGAAGCGCCAUUGUAAAUGAGGCGACCCUGACAGGUGAGUCAGUGCCGCAGAUGAAAGAUGCCAUGGGCCAUGGCACUGACCCGGACUUGGUGGUGGAUUGCUUUGGAACCCACAGGAUCCAUGCGCUCUUCAGUGGCACAUCCUUGAUCCAGACCACUGCUCCCGAACGCGUGCGGAAGAGCAAGAGCGACCACUCGGAUCCCACUUGUCCGCCGGACGAGGGCAUCCUUUGCUUCGUGCUGCGGACUGGCUUCAACUCUUCUCAGGGCGAACUCAUGCGGAUGAUCGAGUUCUCCACCGAAAGUGUGGGUGCUGAUGUGGUCGAGACGGCCUUACAGUUGGCCUUCCUCUUAGUCUUCGCUUUAGUGGCGGCCGGUUACGUCAUGAAGAGCCUGAGCUGUGAGCUGAAGGCGUCGGAGGACCCCACGCGGCCGACCUACAAGACCCUCAUCCGUUGCACUCAGCGCCUUGGUCUGGCGCUCCGACCUGCGACCGACGCGACCGCUGCGGGGCGGAAGCCUGGUGCGGAGAGUGCGGUGCGGAGAGUGCCAGGGAUUAUUACUUCCGUGGUGCCGCCCUCCUUGCCCAUGCAGAUGGCCUUCGCCGUGAAUACCGCGCUGAUGAGCCUGCUGAAGCCGGGGGGUGGCAUCUAUUGCACCGAGCCAUUUCGCGUGCCCUACGCUGGACGUGUGUCGCAUUGCUUCUUCGACAAGACUGGCACUUUGACUUCAGAUCAAAUGGUGGCCGUGGGCAUCAUCAAUGCAGGCAGCGACGAAGCACAACACGACCCCGGACAGGUGAAAGAUGCCAAUCCGAUGGCCUGUGUGGUCAUUGCUGGCUGCCAUUCCCUGAUCGAGGUGGAGAACAAGCUCCUGGGAGAUCCCAUCGAAGUUGCGGCCCUGCGAAGUAUCUCUUGGAGCUACCAGCCCAGUAGCAGCACCGCUUCUCCAACCAAUUGGAGGGCGAAGGAGAUCACCAUUGCUCGGCAAAAGACCUACAUGGCUGGAUUGAAAGAUGAUAUUGAGUCAGACAAGAAGGAGAAGGAAGAGGUCACGAAGAAGCUUCAAGAGCUUGAGAAGAGCUGCUGGACUGCGCUUGGAAUUCACUUGUUUCGGUUGGCGACUGAAGCGACCGCAGGUUAUCAUUUCUCUUCUGACUUGCAGAGGAUGAGCACGAUUUGCAAAGUCGCUUCUUCAACUGAGAAGUGCCAAAGCGGUGUCUAUAGCUUGGUCAAAGGCUCCCCCGAGGCGAUCGCCAAGCUCUUGGUGCAGAAACCGUCUUGGUACGAGAGCUCCUACAAGUCCAUGGCGGAGCAGGGCCAGCGAGUGUUGGCCUUGGGCUAUGCACGUUUAGUGGAUGCCACCGACCUGGCGAACAAGCCGAGGGAGGAGGUGGAGAAGUCCUUGACCUUUGCGGGAUUCAUUGCCUUCAAGUGUGAGACGCGGAAGGAUAGCAUGUUGGUGAUCCGUUCCCUACAGGACUCCAGCCACACUUGCGUGAUGCUCACGGGCGAUGCUCCCCUGACCGCUCUCAGCGUGGCGGUGGAGGUGGGCAUCGCGACCUUUGAUCCACAGAAGGCCCUGGUGCUGGCGGAGUGUGGCGAGUCUGUGGAGUGGAGCUUAGUGUUGCGGGGACAGUCCAAGGACUGGGAGUGGCGACCCGCCAUCACUUCGGCCAACAGCAAGGCAGAGCCCGUGAAGUUCGAGGCAUCAGGGAUCCAGAAGCUCAGUGAGAGCUGCGAUUUGAUCAUCACCGGCGCGCCCCUGGAGCGUGCCUGGCAGAUGGAGGACAGUGCAGUGAUGCAGGCACAGCUCAGUAGCGUGAAGAUCUUUGCGCGGCUGUCGCCCUUCCAAAAGGAGCAGAUCAUCCAGGCAGUGAGGAGGAGCGAAAAGAGCUACUCCUUUAUGUGCGGGGAUGGUGGCAACGAUGUGGGCGCCCUAAAGGAGGCUGGCCGUUUGAAGGCGGAUGUGGGCUUAGCCUUGCUGAGCGGCUUCGGCAAUGCCAACGUGGACGCGAAGGGCGAGGAGGGGGACAAGAAGGAGGCCACAGACGGGAAGGCGGAAGACGCGCUGGAAGCGGUUCGAAAAGAGAACCAGCAGAAGGCGCAGGAGAUCAUGCAGAAGUCGAAGGUGGAGAUGGAACGGAAGCGAAAGGAUUUGGUCUCCAAGCAGCAGGAAUGGAUCCAGGACGGCCACGUCGUGAGUUCCGCGUUUCCGCUGCGUCGCGGCGCCGCGGCCUCGGUGCGCUCGGACGCUGCGAGGGAGGAGUUGGAAGCGCGCAAGGCGCGCGGCGAGGACGUGGGCGUCAUGGCGCAGUUCGGUGCCAUGAAGGCCGUGAUGGGCCGACUGCAGACGGAGAUGAAGAAGGAGCAGGAGAUGCAGCAGAAGAAGCAUGGCAACGCCUUUGCUGCUGGAGCAGCCAAAUGGGCUGAAGGACUGGAUUCCAUGGAGGACACGCCCAUGGUGCAGCUUGGGGACGCCAGCACCGCGGCGCCCUUUACCACGCGCACGCCCUCCAUCAGCUCCGUCGUUGACAUCAUCCGCCAGGGCCGCUGUACCUUGCUGUCGGCAGUGCAGCAGAUGCAGAUGAUGAUGCUGGAGUCCAUGAUUGCAGCCUACACCAUGUCCACCAUGUCCGUGGAUGGUACUCGACCCUCAGAGCCGCAGAUGAUGGCCAGCGGUGUCUUCGUGGGAAUCGCCUCCUUGGCCUUCUCCUUCGCCAGGCCGCUCGACCGGAUGCAUCCGGUGCGGCCGCUCUCCUCGGUGUUCCAUCCGGCCAACCUCUUCAGUAUGCUGGGGCAGCUGGCGAUUCACCUCUUCUGCAUGGUGUACAUUGCCAACCUAGCAAAGGAAGUGAUGGGUGAAGAGGCCGUGCGAGACAUCAUCGAGUUCGAAAAGGAGCGGAACAAGAGGAUUGAGGCAAUGACGGAGGAAGAGAUGAGCGAAUGGAACUGGUUUAGCUCGGUGCCCUUCAAGAGCAAUCUCCUGAACACCUGCUGCUGGUUGGUCGAAACGGCGCAGCAGGUCUCAGUGAUCUUUGUGAACUACAAGGGACGACCCUGGAUGAAAGGCCUCCUGGAAAACCAGCCGCUUUUCCUCUCCCUCUUCGUGUGCAUCGGCAUGGUCGCUGUUUGCGCGUGGGGCGUGAUACCCUUCUUGAACUCGACUCUGAACCUCGAGGUCGUCCCCGAGGAGCUACGGAUGAAGGCCGGGAGCUACGGAGUGGUGGAGGACGGUCAACUGGAGACAUGUCCAGCCCCCCUCGGAUUGAAGAGCCUUGAAACAUCGUUAAAAUCACCCAAAAGGGAUCCAGUCGUAUCGAUUGGAGACACUGUGUAG